AUGACCACAUAUACUACUGGCCCAAAGGCCCCAAACAGCAGAAAAUCAUCAACGCAUUUUCUAAAACCUUAUUUUCCAUCAAGCCAGCGAAGCCUUAUAAUGGUAUCCUCAGAAGGGAGUAAAUCAGGAGGGCAGAUUACUCAGAAGUUCAGGAAAUGGAAAAGACAAGCCAGGGAGGUGGGAGAUAAUAUGGUAGAUUCAGUGGAGGUUGGUGCGGGGAAGCGAAAGGAGGCUGCUGGGAAUGAUGUUCAUGUAAAAAGGGCUAAGCUAGAUGAGGUUCAAGACGAUUGCACAGUUCAGCGAAUAAAUCCCCAUAUGGUGUUUCUAGUAGAGACACGAGUGUCUGUUGGAAAGAUGGAACGUAUUGCUCGUAAGUUAGGAUUUGCUGGUUGCCUGGCUACUGGGUGUGUGGAUGGAAAUGUUGGCUUGGCUCUUUUAUGGAGAGGAGGGGCUUCUGUGCAUCUUUUAAGCUUCUCCAAAAACCAUAUUGAUGGGCAAGUGGUUUGUGAGGGGUUGGAUCACCAAUGGUGUAUUACUGGGUUUUAUGGAAACCCAGUCCAAUCUCAGAGGUGUCAUUCAUGGAGUUUGUUGCGUCAUUUGAAGGGUUGCUCUGAUUUACCUUGGCUGGUGUUAGGAGAUUUCAAUGAGAUUCUAGAUUCUGCUGAAAAAUUGGGGGGUCGAGCUCGGGGUGUUCAUGCUAUGAGGGAUUUUCAGUCUUGUUUAGAGGCUUGUUGUCUGGAGGAUCUAGGUUAUGUGGGAGGGAAAUAUACUUGGUGCAAUAAUCGUAGAGAGGGUGUGAUUUUUGAACGUUUAGAUCGUGCUGUGGUGGAUGGUAAUUGGAGGUCUUUAUUCCCAAGUGCAAUUGUUAAUCAUGAUGUUGCUACUGUCUCUGACCACAUUCCAAUUGUGGUGGACUGUUUGCCUUAUGAUGUGGGAGGGCGUACUAAUAAGAGAUUUCGGUUUGAGGAAAUGUGGACCCGUCAUGAGGGGCUGGAAGUGGUAGUCAAGCAAGGUUGGGAAGGGGGGAGAGGUGAUGCUGUUGACAAGAUUGUUGGGUUGUCUUUUGACUUAACGUCUUGGGAUAGGUCGGUGUUUGGUAGUGUUAACAGAAGGCUCAAGAUUAAGCAUAGGCGUCUUGGUUGGUUACAACAACAACAGUCUAGUGAGGAGAUUAGGGAGGAGAUUAACUACUUGAAGUCUGAGAUUAAUGAGUUAUUGGGGCGAGAGGAGCUAAUGUGGAGACAAAGAUCCCGUGUUGAGUGGCUUCAACAAGGUGACCAAAAUACAAAAUUUUUUCACAGAAAAGCUAGCCAAAGGCAUAAAAAGAAUCGUAUUGAAGGCAUUGAAGAUGUUUCAGGUGAUUGGAUUCAACAAGAGGGGCACGUGAAUGCUAUUAUUGUUAACUUUUUUGAGACACUUUUUAUGUCCGAUAGCCCUCCCGAUUGUGGGCCUGCUCUUAUGGGUAUUCCUGAAGUGAUAUCUCAACAAAUGAAUGAAGUUUUGGUGAGGAGUCCGGAUGAAGAUGAGGUUAAGAAAGCACUGUUUGAAAUGCAUCCUACUAAAGCCCCGGGUCCUGACGGCAUGCCUCCUUUAUUUUUCCAGAAGUAUUGGGAGAUGGUGAAGUUGGAUGUUGUCAAUUUGGUACAAGGGUUUUUUCGGUCUGGGCAAAUGAAAGAACAUGUCAAUGAUACUCAUAUUUGCCUUAUCCCCAAAGUGCAUAAUCCAAAGCGGGUUGCUGAUUUUCGGCCGAUUAGUUUAUGUAAUGUUUUGUAUAAAGUGAUCUCAAAGGUUCUAGCUAACAGAUUGAAGCCCCUUAUGCCUUUGUUAGUUUCAUCCUCACAAAGUGCUUUUGUAAAAGGGCGUCUUAUUUCGGAUAAUAUUCUGAUUGCGUAUGAGGUUAUGCAUUACCUUAAGACUCGUUGUUCUGGGCAGAAUUCUUAUAUCGCCUUAAAAUUGGAUAUGACAAAAGCGUAUGACCGAGUGGAAUGGGGUUUUUUGUUGUCCGUGAUGCGUGCUAUGGGCUUUAAUGACAAAUGGGUUGGAUUGAUUAUGGAAUGUGUUCGGACGGUUCAUUACUCAGUUAUUGUGAAUGGUUCGUCCUGCGGCUCUUGGAUUCCAGGGAGAGGUUUACGGCAAGGUGAUCCCCUCUCGCCUUAUCUUUUUGUUAUUUGUGCUGAAGCAUUGUCUAGAAUGUUGGUGGUGGCUCACAAUAAUCAGUUGGUGCAUGGGGUGCGAGUUGCGAGGGGGGCACCAAGUAUUACACACCUCUUUUUUGCUGAUGAUAGCCUUUUAUUUUGUCGAGCAAAUAAAGAUGAAUGCAGGAGGCUGCUAGAGGUAAUUCAUGGGUAUGAGAAAUUUUCAGGUCAGUUGGUUAAUAUACAAAAAUCCAAUGCUUUCUUCAGUAGAAAUACUUCCACUCAGGCUGCUGGUGAAAUUUUGCGUAUCCUUAGUGUUUCGGAGGCAAAGUUGCAUGAUCGUUAUUUAGGUUUGCCGGCGAUGAUUGGUCGUUCAAAGAGGGAGGUUUUUUCGUAUAUCAGAGACCGAAUUACUAAGCGCUUAAAUGGCUGGAAUGAAAAAAUGCUUUCUCGAGGUGGAAAGGAAAUUAUGAUUAAGUCAGUCUUACAAGCCAUUCCUUCCUAUGCUAUGUCUUGCUUCAAACUUCCAAGAUCGAUUACACAAUGGAUCAUGAAGAAGAUGGCGGGUUUUUGGUGGGGGUCCACGGAAGGUCAUAAUAAAAUUCAUUGGGCUAGUUGGGAUCUUUUGACUAAAUCGAAGAGAAAUGGAGGGUUGGGGUUUAGAGACUUGGAGUGCUUUAAUGAUGCCUUGUUAGGUAAGAAUAUUUGGAGAAUGCUAAAGUUCCCUAACUCGCUUGUUGCUCGGGUCUUCAAGUCGCGUUAUUUCCCAAAUUGUGAUGUUCUUCAAGCUGGUCUUGGUACUAAUCCUUCUUUCACUUGGAGGAGUUUAUGGCAAGCAAUUGGGUUGGUAAAAAGAGGAGUACGGUGGAGGAUUGGGAGUGGCCUUGGAUUGCAAAUUGGGGUGGACCCGUGGCUCCCCACACCACACAAUUUCAAACCUUUCUCUCCUAUGUCUGCUGUGGUCCAUGGUGCAAGUGUGGCCUCUUUGAUAGUGGACGGACCCCGGCAAUGGAAUGUAGAGCUAGUGCGUUCUAUUUUUUUGCCUUUUGAAGCAGACACCAUAUUAUCAAUCCCUUUAACUCGUGAAAGAUCGAUGGAUGUAAUCAUGUGGCAUUGGGAGUCCGGGGGUCAUUAUUCAGUGAAGAGUGCUUAUCAUCAAGCUUUGAUUUGGAAGCUACAAAAUUGCCCAACAACCUCUUCCUCGUAUGGUGAUAGGGUGGGUCUCAAAUGGCACAAAUUGUGGUCAAUUCAGGUUCCUUCUAAGAUCAAGCAUUUGUUAUGGUCAAUGAUAAAUAAUGCUCUCCCCACAAACUCGAAUCUGUGCAAACGCCAUGUUUCUAGUUUUGCAGGCUGUUUGGGGUGUGGUGCUACUUUGGAAGAUGCAGAACAUGUGUUUAGGAGGUGCAAUUAUGCUUCCCAGAUCUGGUUACUUCUUUCGUCUGGUCUCUUCAUGAAGUUGGGGAGGGAUUUGAACCUAUAUGAUUGGGUGGAGGCUGUUCUGAAUUCAUGUUCAUCUUCAGAGUUAAUUCUUUUUGCCACCACAAUUUGGGUUCUUUGGUUUGAGAGGAAUAGCUUGCUGCAUGAGGGGAGACGCACGGGGCAAGAUUUUUUUAUGCAAAAAGUGUACAGAUUUUCGACUGAGUUUGAGGCUUGCAGUGGUCAGCCUAGGAAAGUUAUGCAGCGUAAUGAAGGGAUCAAUAGUGCUUGGUCUGGCCCAGGUCCAGGUAUGAUCAAACUAAACAUUGAUGGAGCUGUUUUUUUGGAGAAUGAUGCUAUUGGAGUAGGUGCUAUUUUGAGAGACCAGCAUGGGAGUCCAUUAUUAUGCUUUUCUGAGAAUGUUGCUGGACGAGUUGAUCCCACCUUUGCAGAAUUGCUGGCUGUUAAUCGAACCCUUACCUGCAUUGAAGAGAGGGGCUACCAUGAUUUUAUCCUAGAGUUGGAUUCGUCCAAUAUUGUUCAGGCUUUAGGUUCUGAUGACUGGUUGGACUCUCGUAUGGGUCAUUUUGUGAGCGACACCAAGGCUAUUAUGGCUAGACUUGGGGUUAUCAAGUGUCAACAUGUUUGUCGAUCGGGUAAUGAAGUUGCGCAUACAUUAGCAAGAAUGGCUAAGUUUAGACAUGGGAGUUCCAUCUGGGUUGCUUUCUGCCCAAUGGAAAUUGUUCCCCUUGUUAGGAAGGAUAUUUCUUUCCUGUGUAAUGUUUCUGAUUCUUAA